AUGGACGACAUACCAUACAUAGAUGAUGAUGGUGCCAUAAAUGACUUCAAUUGCAUACCAGGUGACAUGAACUACGGUAGUAAAAAUGAUUACGACGGUAUUUGGAAUUUAUAGAAGCAAGAAGAGCCAAUGUUAAAAAAAUUAUUGUUCACAAAAUUUAUAUGCAUUUUCCCUAGAGAUAUUGGGAAAUAAAAUUUAUUUUAAUUUUUUUUUUUUUGAUAUUGGCACUUUUGGCACCCAGCAACAAACACGAGUAUCCUUUUAUGUUAUCCAAUUGCUGAUAAUUUUGUCGUUAUUUAUUAAUUUUAUUCAAUCGGGUUUGGUGCGAGGGCAACACAUUUGUAAACAAAUAUAAAGUCUUUAUAUUCCUCACACUAUUGGACAAAAAUAAAUAUAAAAUAUAUUAUGUCUCUGUUCAUUAAUAAUAUCGAAUGUUAUGUCUUUCACAUAGCGCUACGCUUAGUCUAUUCCGUUUUAUUUGCUGCAAUAUUUAAUAAAUUAAAAUAACCAAUUUAUAUUAAUGUCAUUGUAAUAAUAUAAUUAAUAAAACAACUUUUCUUCCCAGUUAGAAUAUUUUGCACAUCGUAAUAAUAAAAUUAUUUAUAAAGAGAAAUUGGUUUACUUUAUGACUCGGAGUGGGGUGAAGAUAUUGACGUCCAUAUAUUAUAUAACUUUUAUGAAAUAAAUUAUUAUUAGCGGCUUUCAAUUAUUUUAGAAUGACAAUUUUUGUUCUAAUAAAACAAAAUAAAAAAUAGAUCUAUCACUGGGAAUGGAAUUGGCCACUGUUGUAAGUUAGAAGUUGGGAGAGUGGGAUACAUAAGGUUCAUAUUAUUUAAAUAUAUUGCAACGAUACAUUAUUACCAAUCGAGUAUUUAGUCUCUACAUGUAUUUAUAACCGAAUUACACCAAGACACACCCAGCAAAUAAAAUUCCUUUAUAAUUUACCAGAGGAUCUAAAGUUUUAGAGUAAUACUUUUAGAAAGUAGAUCAAAUAUGUAACAAAAACUAUAUUUUCUGAUUUUUCCAUUUAAUCUAUUUUUUUUUUUGGUAGAACACGUAGUUCGUAUUUGAAUAAAAUAAUGAAAUCCUGAAAUUGUACGUUGUCCUACGUUUUUUUUCCCAAUUAAGUGUUUUAUUUAAAAAAUGGCGUCGAAAAUCCAAAAAUGACUUAAUAUAAAGUACAAUUACAACUAUUGGACCUAUCAUAAAAGUUGUUACACACAAAAAUCGGACUAAGUAAACUAGGAAACAACGUGUCCACAGUCUACAAAAAAAAUAAAAAUGAAACUUAUAGCUCCCUACUACGCUCAGAAUCUAAUACGAUACCCUAAUACUUUACUAUAUACAGGAUGAUUCACUAAACCCUGCUCAUCAAAACUUUUGGGAAAAAGUACUAUUAGUAUUUAAUAAUUAACUAUUGUAAUAAGUAUUUUUUUAGUGGUGAACUAUUUAAUAACGUAUAGUAUACUAUUACAAUAAGUAGGUUUGGUUUAUCGUUGUUAACAGGUAUUCAUUAUAUCAAGUAUUGUGUCUCCCAAAAGACAUUAGGCGUAGGUAAGGUUAGGAAAUUCCGUUCAUCUUAAAUUUAAUGUUAUGUUUUAUGAUUGUAUUUAAUAAAUACUGCAAAAUAAAGAUCGCUUAAUUUAUUAAAAAAUAAAAAUAACAUAUUUAAAUUUAAAAUGCUCUAAUAAAAUAAUUGCAUUUAUUCUGUGGUAUACCAUACGUAUACCACAUAUAUACCACGUAUAUUCAAUAUUAAUUUAUCCAAUACGAAAUGUAUAUAUUUUAUAAAUUAUGUAAAAAAAAGUGCGGUCAUUUUUAAAAUUAAACGACUAACACAGUGUUAAAAAGAUCUGUCAACAUACAAUAAUUAAAAAUAUGAACUAAAAAUACAGUACUGACCUCGAUAACAUACAAGGGGGUGCUGUGUAUAAAUAUUGAUAAACAAUUUAUUUAUCGGAAUGCAUAGACAGCUUGAUACAUCAAGCAGCGGAAAGUCCAAGACUACAAGUGCUACUGUCACAGAAUUCGUAUACUUUAUUAACGAUGUUAUGAAAUAACCUAAAUCUAAGGAAGCAAAACAGAAAAAUGGUGUAAAAUAUACUUAUAACAAUUAUUUAUGAAACAUAUUUCACUAACUUGAAAAGUUCAUUAUUUGGUUCAUUCAGAUUCAUUCAAUUACUUUCAUAAAAACAAAUUCUGUUAUGUUACAUUAAUCGAUACAAUGUAGCACGAAAAGUGUAUCUGAAGAGUGAAUAAAAGGUUGUGAAUAUUAGUUCCGAAAAUCACAAGUGAACUCACCUAACUCGAUAAUAAUUGCCUAUGUAAUUUUCCUGUUUAAUCUAUUUUUUUUCGUAGUGGAAAUACCUGUCAAGACAGGAGUUGAUAUGGAGAAGAAGCCGUCACAUGAACAAUUGAAAUUACAAGGUGAAUUAAACUCUAUAAUAUAAAAACUAUAUUGCAUAUAAAGGUGUCCCAAAAAGAUAUACNGCGCCUUUGUGACAUUUGCCGUAGCCAAAACAAAAUUAUUGCUGAACUAAAUUGGUUUCAUUGUAGUUUUCUGAUGUACAGAUCACAAUUCUUCGGUUCUAAAGUGUACGUCCUAUAAAUCAAAAACUAACGGGUUUUUCUGGGAUUUCUCGCGCGUUUUAUUCUUGCCAGAAAUCUUCAAAAAGAAUUUUUCAGAAACUUGUUUGCGUCAUAACAACAUUAACACAUAACUCGCAUCAUCAAUCUCUUUCACAAAUCUGUGAUAUAAUCACUAGAUCUGGCAGUAAGCAGUUUGUUAUCUGUGAUAAUUACAUUAUACAUUUUUUGUUAUCUAAGUGCACACAAUUUCGAAGUGUUAAAUACAUUUAAUAGAAUCUUUGAUAUAAUAUAAUUGAUUUGUGACUGCCAUCCAAUGACUCCAGAAUAUCUUGCGGAUAUAUGUAGGUAACUUAGCACGCCAAAACCGUGGGGCGGUAAAACAAUUUUUAUGUAUUAUCUGUUAAUCUAUUUGAACUCGAAACCCUCUCGGAUUUACGACUCUAAAUUAUUUCAAUCAUCAAGAGGAAGGUCAACAAUUUUUCAACAUUAAAAUUUAUUUUAACUAACACUCUGUCUAUUUAUGAAUUUUUUAAUGUAUAUUUUAUACAUGUAUCACGUAACAUUAUAUUAUAUUACGUAUAGAUACCUAAAUUAUCACAUAUUUAAUUGAUCUAGCAUAUUUACCCACGUUUUUACAUUUUAAAGUACAUCUAUAAUUAUCUUUACUUUUCAAUUAUGAUUAACAAAAUUGAAUGGUUAACUGGAUAUUUAAACAUUAUUAAUUAGGUACAUGUUAAUUGAACGCUUCUUUGCAAAAAAUAUCUCGAGCACUAGGUAUAAGUUAUCUUAACUUAUAUUAUCCUCGGUAUAAGGUUAUUAAUGUUCAUUGAUACUAAAUUAGAUAUUUUAAAUAAUCGUUUUGUUUAUAAUUUAAUUUAAUAGGAGAACGAUCAGAUGAAAUUAUAAAAUGCGAUAUUGUGAUAAAUUCAGAACAUGUAGAUGAAUAUCCACGAGCCGUUGAAUUAUAUUUGAACAACAGUUUUUUGUUUAUGUUAAAUUGUCACAAACAACUCUUAAAAUUUAAAAACACUGUAGCAAAAACAAUGGCCGGAAUCGUAUUGAUAUCGAUCAUAUGGUGGCUAGUGUAUUUGUAUUAUAUGAUAUUAAACAACAAAUCUACAGAGUAUUGUAAUAAUAAAAUUAUUAAUGCCGCAAUGAAUUAUAUCUACGUCAUAAUAUUAUAUGUGAUCAGUACGGUUGUCGGGAGAGUGACAAAAUUAACCGUCUACCUUCCUCCAUUAAUGGGCAUGAUAUUAGCAGGUUUUCUAUAUUCUAUAUGUUUAGAAUAUAUUACUGAAGAGUAUACUGGUAUACAAACAAUGAACUUCGAUGCUUUUGUGUUUAUUAUUUG